CAUCGUCUCGUCUCCCCGACUUCUCGCCCGACUCGUCAUUAACUCCUAAAAAAGCCUCGCAAGAAGCGACGAGAGCACACUUCCUUCGCUGUUUCGCCCCAAAUCUGCUGCCGGGGGCACGAGCCGAAUUUGAGCCGAUCGAGGCGGCGGCGGGCGGCAAUGGCGGGGCUGUCGCUGCGGUGCGGCGACUGCGGCGCGCAGCUGCGGAGCGUGGAGGAGGCGCAGGCGCACGCCGAGGCCACCAACCACGCCAACUUCGUCGAGUCCACCGAGGCAGUCCUCAACCUCGUCUGCUCCGACUGCGGCAAGCCAUGCCGCUCCCAGACCGAGGUGGACCUUCACACCAAGCGCACGGGCCACAAGAAUUUCGCGGACAAGACCGCCGAGGCGGCCAAGCCCAUUGAUCUCGAGGCGCCGCUGAAGCCGGCCUCCUCCUCGGAUGCUACGGACGUCGACGCCCCGGCCUCGGCCUCGGCAAGCGAGGAGCCUCAAGAGAUGGUGGUGCCGGAGGUGAACAAGGAGAUGCUCGCCGACCUGGAGGCCAUGGGGUUUGCCACGGCGCGUGCCACUAGGGCACUUCAUUUCUCCGGUAAUAGCACCAUCGAAGGUGCUAUCAACUGGCUUUCUGAGCACCAGGAAGAUGCAGAUAUUGACGAAAUGCCUCUGGUACCAGCUAAUUCAAAAACGGAGGAUAACAAACCCAGCCUGACUCCUGAGGAAAUGAAGAUUAAAGCACAGGAGCUAAGGGAACGCGCUCGUAAGAAGAAAGAGGAAGAAGAGAGAAGAAUGGAAAGAGAAAGGGAGAAGGAAAGAAUACGAAUUGGUAAAGAACUUCUUGAAGCCAAAAGAAUUGAGGAACAGAAUGAAAGGAAACGCAUGAUAGAGUUGCGAAGACUUGAGAAAGAAGAGGAGAAAAGAGCUAGAGAAAAAAUCCGCCAGAAAUUGGAAGAAGACAAGGCUGAAAGGAGAAGGAAACUAGGAUUGCCACCAGAAGACCCAGCAGCUUCCAAACCAAGUGCACCCCCUCCUGUCGAAGAGAAGAAGAGUGCAUUGCCUGUCAGGCCAGCCACAAAGGCAGAGCAGAUGAGGGAUUGUCUACGAAAUCUUAAGCAACAGAACAAGGAUGACGAUGCCAAAGUGAAGAGGGCAUUUCAAACACUCCUUACUUAUAUUGGAAAUGUUGCUAAAAAUCCUGAUGAGGAGAAAUUCAGAAAGAUCAGGCUCACCAAUGCUACAUUUCAGGAGAGGGUUGGAAAUCUGCAUGGGGGCAUAGAGUUCCUUGAGCUCUGCGGAUUCGAGAAACUUGAAGGCAAUGAAUUCUUGUUUCUGGCAAGGGACAAGGUCGAUAAGGCCAUCCUGAACACGGCUGGAGCCGAGCUGAAUUCUGCAAUCACCAAUCCUUUCUUUGGAGUCCUUUGAAUUACCGAGAACCAAAUUGUAUACUCAAACCUUUUGGUUUCGCUUCUGCUUGACAGGCAAUUGUGUUUAACAUGGCGUGGACCUAUUUGUAAUGAAUUCACGAAUUAUUACAGAUUACAUGCAUGUUUCUUCCAUACAUUA